CUAUUCCGCUCCUCAACACCAACCACACGCCUUAUCGGCUUUAUUACCAUACGAUAAUCGACCGUCGUAUACCAGUACGGAACUUUUCCGGUCACCACGUUUACGGGAUGUCUCUCAGCGCCACGAAUGCUAGGGUAUCUUGUCUUGGGUCUAGCCUCGACAAUGACGAUGCAGGUGGAGAUAAGACCGCGAUGGUGGUUCACACGAUUGAAGACGCUUGAACACCCAGGCUACUCACAUCUUUCAAUCAUCCACACUAAACCAGAAUGGCCAGUCAUCCUUCCGAGCUCGCCAUAGUUCAACCCAAGGCCGUGCCUCAAGGUACAGCCGAUUACGAGAAGAAGCGAGCCUCGAUCCUUGAAGCCUUCGCGCAAAAGGUGCCUCCUGAACUACGCUUGUCGCCAAACAUAUUUGCCAGUCCACCGAAAGAUGUGUCGGAUAUACCAGUGACCUGCGGCAUACUCACAUCCGCUGAGAUCGAGAUCACCGAAAAGUACGAUGCAGUAGGCCUUGCCGAAGCCAUCGCCGCACGCAAGCUAUCGGCGGUCGAAGUAGCCACUGCAUUUUCGAAACGCGCUAUUAUAGGACACCAGUUGACAUGCUGUUUAACCCAGUGGUUCAUGGACGACGCUAUCAAGAGGGCGCAAGAGCUGGACGACUACAUGCUAAAGAACGGCAAGACGAUUGGCCCGCUCCAUGGUGUUCCCAUUAGCAUCAAAGAGCACAUGCCCAUUGCUGGAACCUAUUCCUCACAAGGUUCAUUAGCGAGCACUGUCUUCGAUGAGAAAGAUUGCCUGUUGGUGUCAAUGUUGAGAAGUAUGGGCGCGGUAUUCUAUUGCAAAACCAAUCAGCCUCAAACGAUCAUGCAUCUGGAGUCGACAUCUCACUACGGCCGGACGCUGAACCCUUUUAACAUCAAUCUUAGUGCUGGUGGCUCAUCUGGUGGAGAAGCUGCGCUGGUAGCCAUGAAAGGAUCAGUGCUUGGCGUCGGCACAGAUAUCGGCGGCAGUAUAAGAGGUCCUGCGGCAUUUUGCGGCGUCUACGGAUACAAGUCGACUUCAUACAUGCUGCCAAUGAAGGACUUCAUUGCUCAUGCAUUUUCGGCAGAGCUCAACAUCUUGUGUAGCACCGGCCCAUUCUGUCGGAGCUUGCGCGACAUGGAUCUUUUCAUGACGACCGUUCUGGACCAGAAACCGUACUUACUGGAUCCAAAGGUAGUUCCGCUUCCUUGGACAGGCUUCAAUACCACUACGAAGAAGCCUUUGAGGGUUGGUAUCAUCGAGAACGACGGGUUUAUUGACCCUCAGCCACCGGUCAAGCGCGCUAUAACAUGGGCCCGUGAGCGUCUCUCGGAUCCUCGGUACUCAGACACUAUUCAAGUGAAGCCGUUCACGCCUUACAAGGCACAAGAAGCAUGGAAGCUGAUCCGCCGCAUGUACUGGCCAGGCGGUGGCAAACUAGCGAAGGAAGAUGUCAUGUCCACAGGCGAGCCAGUAUUACCUCUGAGCGACUGGAAUUGGAAAGAUGUAGAGCCUGUCGGGAUGCUGCAUGCUGAAGAAGUUAAUGAGCUUCGCGCCACUCGCGACAAAUUCCGUUAUGAAUUUGCAGACAGCUGGAAUGAACAGGAAGUUGACAUCGUCAUUGGGCCUGCGUUUGUUGGCCCGGCCUCUAGGCAUGACACGGCGUUUUAUUGGACAUAUACAAGUCUGUAUAACUUUGUUGACUAUCCCGGGGUGGUUGUACCUACACCGAUCAAAGCAGGGGGCAAAGAAGAAUAUGCCGCAGGGUACCAGCCAUUGAGCGACGAGUGCAGGCACACCAAAGAGCUAUGGGAGAGCUCGGAUUUCGAAGGAGCGCCGAUCAAUUUGCAAGUGAAUGCAAGAAGGUAUCACGAUAACGGCUUGUUUGGGGCAUUGAAGGUCUUGAAGGAUGUCUUGGAUCUGCCGUAGUAUUAGGCCUGUAGCUUUAAACAUAGCGCGCUCCUGUACAACACACACAUGUACUGCCAGGAUUAUGGCUAUCCCAGUGACUGUUUUUAUUUGUCCUUAUGGUCAAAGCACUGAUUAAGUCAAAAGCGCUGUGUGCAUAGCAGUAGUGAUCACAU